AAAUUUUCACGGCCUGUGUCGCGCGCCGCGCCCCGCGGCGGUGAGGUAAUCAAUGGCCAGCGAGUCGUGUCCUCGGCUGACAAAGGAGGAGCGCUACGCGAGCCAGCUCCGCAUGAUCCAUCCGAGGGAAGGUGGCGUCCGCAAGGCCAUCGGUGCCGUGCUCUGCGGGCUCGGCGCAUACAGCGUCUCUCGCGGGCUGGGGCCGCUGUCGGAUCUCACCAUCGCCGCCGGGGUCAUGCUCUACAACAUGGGCCGCAGCAGCCAAUGAGGCUGCAUCGUCAGCCUGCGCUGGAACCCCGACGGCAAGGGCAACCGUGCCGUCCCGCCGCAUCUGCAGGCGUUCGCUCACGCCAAGAGGCGCGAGUACUUCUGGAACUGUGCCACCUCUGCGGCAGCCGGCCUCGUCGUCGGUCGCCUGCUUGCGGCCGCCACCGGAGAUGCCGCCGCACUAACGUCUCGUGCCGUGGUACAAACGGCAGUAUUUCUGGCGUCGAUGACAUUGCUGCUGGGCGUGGCGCUAUCCUCGCUCUUCUGAGGCGUAGACCGGGCCCCUCCUUCUUCGCCCUCCAUGACGGGCCACGGAGAGAGCUCGCGGGCCGCUGGCCGCGUGUUCCGUGCCGCCCAGAGCCAUGGGCGAUACGUCCGCUGCACGCUGUGCGGAGUGAAUAAAUAAAAGCGGGACACCUCUACUAGGAGUUGGGUAAACGUGUGUGGAGUGUGCCAGAUUGUUUUGUCCAUUUUCCAACCGAGUGGAGUUUACAUC